AUGAAUUUAUCUGAAGAAGAUAUUGAGCAGUGCUAGAGAGCGUUUAAUGAUUUAGAUGAUAGAGGAGAGGGAGAGAUCAUGGCUGAUGAUUUGGAGAUUGCCUUAGAGAUGGUGGGAUUGAAGUAGAAACCUCAUAAGGUUCACAAAUUAAUAAGUGAGAUUGAUGAUGGCAAUCGUGGACGCAUAAAAUUUAAGGAGUUUUUGGGUCUCUAUGCCAGACUUAAAUAUGCUGGGUUACAAGAUGAUGAUCAAGAUAUGAUCGAUGCAUUUGUAGCUAUGGGAGGGAAUGAGGACACAUCAGGAAAUGUUGAUGCAGAAAAGUUGAUUCGAAUAAUAAAGAAUGAAUUUGAAUUAACGAUCGAUAUUGAAGGAUUAAUUAAAGAAGUUGAUACCGAUGGAUCAGGAGUAAUAGAGUUUGGAGAGUUCAAAGAACUAUUAAAAACUAAUUACUUAUAAGAUGAUGAAAAUGACUAUCCGUGAUUUUGAUGCCAUAUGUUUAAAUAUAUUGCUACAAUUCUAAGCCUAA